AUGCGUCCACCCCCAUAUCAGCCAUUUCCUCAGCUGCCGAUUGGAGAAUGGAUCGAUCUAUACAGACGCAAUGAACACCCAGAAGGCCGCCAUUUCGUCAUCCAUCAACACGAUCACCCCGUCGCAGGUCCCCAUUAUGAUCUCCGACUACAGAUCUCAGAGACGAGCUCUGUCAGCUGGGCGAUUAUGUAUGGAAUGCCGGGUGAUCCGAAUAGUAAGCAAUUGAAUCGGAAUGCGACUGAGACUCGCAUUCAUUGUUUAUGGAAUCAUCUUAUUGAGACGGCUUCUCAUAAAACGGGAAGUAUGAUCAUCUGGGAUACUGGCGAAUACGAAGUUCUGCCUUACCCGAUGGAGGAUCCAUCUGCUCCUGAGACGGAUGAUUCAAGGUCUGAGAUCUCCGAUGAGGGAUCUGUUCCUGCAUCUGUUUCGCUGGAAGAGCAGAUGUCUGAUAGCGCAAAGUUGCAAGAAGCAUUCCAAAAUGGCAAAAUCCGACUGCGGUUACAUGGAACCCGUCUACCAAAAGACUACACGAUUUCCCUUCGCAUGGACAAAACCACCAAUUUCCAGAAACCAAUCCGCCAAGGCCUAAAACGGCGCCGACGCCACCAUUCCACACAUACAGUACCACAAGCGCCAUCAACCUCAGACUCGGAAUCGGCUUCACCGCCACCCCCUGAAACCGACCGAACGGCAUCUCCACCUAUAUCAAGAACUCAACAAGACCGAUUAACACCCUCAAAAUCCAAAUCCGAUCCAGAAAACGGUACCCAUUCCGACCACGACCCCGACCUGGACAUCCAACUCAAAAACGCCUAUCCCGGCUCCACAAAUAUCAUAGGCUCGAUCCACCAACGACGCUGGUAUCUCAGUCUGGACCGCAUAAACUCGGGAUUCGAGCCGAGUCCAGAGCAGCAUUUACAAUCUAGUAAGCGGAAGGCGAAGUCGAAGUUCUGGUGCCGGAAGUCCGACGGGGGCUUUGAGCCGUUCCAUGUGCACGGGCCGGAGGUGGAGCGGAGUGUUCUUACGGGGCGAUUAGGACUGCAUGUUCUUGCGGAUGAGGGUGUUCAAGGGUUUGUGCCCAGACGGGGGUGGAGACCUGUCCUGCAUUAG